GGGGGGGGCAUUUGCUUCCUCCUCGGCGGUGCCUGCCAUGAAUCCGAGCGUCGCGGCUGCCCAGCCCUUCGCGGGGCCCGUGCAGUUUCCAGGAGGCACCACCGUCUUAGUGGAGCUCACUCCUGACAUCCACAUUUGUGGUCUGUGCAAGGAGCAGUUCAACAAUCUCGAUGCAUUUGUGGCUCACAAGAGAAAUGGCUGUCACCUGUCAGGCACAACCUCUGGAGCUGCCAGUACAGUUCAGUUUGUGGCAGAGGAGACAGUACCAGCAACACAGACACAGACCCCAACCAGAACAAUCACUUCGGAGACUCAAACCAUCACAGUUUCUGCGCCAGAGUUUGUUUUUGAGCAUGGCUACCAAACCUAUCUACCUGCUGAGAACAGUGAACCUCAGACUACAUCAGUUGUCACCACUUCACCAAAAUCUCGCACCAAAAAAUCCAGCACAUCAGGGGCACAGAAGAAACUUAACUGCUGCUAUCCAGGUUGUCAGUUCAAGACAUCCUAUGGUAUGAAAGACAUGGAACGACAUUUAAGAACACAUACAGGUGACAAGCCCCAUAAAUGUGAAGUGUGCAGUAAGUGUUUCAGUCGUAAAGACAAGUUGAAAAUGCACAUGCGCUCCCACAGUGGGGUGAAGCCCUACAAGUGUAAAGACUGUGACUACGCAGCUGCUGAGAGCAGCAGCCUCAACAAGCACCAGCGCAUCCAUUCAAAUGAACGUCCUUUUAAAUGCCAGAUCUGCCCGUAUGCCAGCCGCAACUCCAGCCAGCUCACUGUUCAUCUCAGAUCUCAUACAGGAGAUGCUCCUUUCCAGUGCCAUCUGUGCAGCGCCAAAUUUAAAAUCAAUUCAGAUUUGAAGAGGCACAUGCGCGUGCACACCGGGGAGAAGCCCUACAAAUGUGAGUUCUGUGAUGUACGUUGUGCAAUGAAAGGCAACUUGAAAUCACACAUCCGCAUCAAGCACAAUGUGGAGAAUGCCUUCCAAUGCCCCAAGUGUGAAUUCCAGUGUGGGAACAAGACCAGCCUACGACAACACCUUCGCACCCACCAGCCUGAGCAACCAGUGAAGUGCCCCGAGUGCAACUACUCUUGUUCCAAUAAGGCCACCCUCAAGGUGCAUGAGAGGAUUCACUUCAAGGACCGCCCAUUCAAAUGUGAGUUCUGCCCCUUUGAUACCAAACAACGGAGCAACCUGACCACCCACAUGAAAAAAGCCCAUCGGGACACGGUCAAGGUCAAGAAGAAACCAGACAGUAAGUUAGAAGGUGAGCAACUGAAAGAAGGCAGCUCCAGGCAAGUGGCCAAAUUGGAGGCCAAGAAGGCAUUCAAAUGUGAUAUCUGCGAGGCUUCGUUUGUCCGAGAGGAUUCUCUCAGGAGUCACAAGAGGCAGCAUGUCGAGUAUAACGGGACCAAGAUUACUGAGCAGCCUAUUCUCCAGUUUCAAAUGGACCCAGCUAAGCAGGUUGGUGUUCCAAUUACUGUCAGUCACCUCCAAGUGCCCCUGCAUGCUUCAACCUAUAGUGAAGGACAGGUCAAGAUCAUUGUUGGACACCAAAUGCCCCAAGCCAGCAGCCUGGUUCAGGCAGCAUCUGUCAGUAUUGUGCCCCCUGCCUUAAUAAGCCAAAAUGAAGAAGAUAUUUCCAGUAAUAGCCAGCUGCAGAUCCUUCAGCAGGUGAGCUUACUCGCUCCAUCACUUCCAUCAGGGUCUGAGGCAGAAAGCAUUUCAGUGGACCAGCCAACAGUUCUCCUUGGAGCCCAUGAUCAAGCUGAUGGAAGUUCAUCAAACCAGACUCUGAUUCCCACCAUUCCAGUGGGGAACCAUGAUGUCUCGGCUAGCCAGGCCUUCAUCAAUGGAACUGGGAUCACCUGCUCAGACUUGGAAGGGCUCAGUGCUUUGAUUCAAGAAGGGGCCGGGGAAGUGACUGUGGUGACCAAUGAGGACCAGAGCAUCUCUGUGUCAACUUGCACUCACUCUCCACCCAUCUUUUCCUCCUCUUCUCAUCCAGAUGUGCCAAAGCAGGGCUAUUCCAUCAUUCAAAGGGGAGCUCAUGCAAAUUUGCUGUGUCCUGCAGACUCCAUCCCAGAUUAGAGAAAAGACAUAUAUUUAAAGCUCUGUAAGCUACAUAACAUUUUGUCCCCGAAGUGCAUUCUAGUUUAGCUGCUGAAUCAAACCUGGAAAGGUAUCCCUGUUGGAAAAAAAACACCUAAUCUUGCACAGCAUGCAUUCCUUAAUCAGUGCACAUCUUCAUACAUAACACAUGUGUGUAACAAACUCAGUAAUGUUGCCCCUUUCAUCAGUAAGGAGUAUGAAGGUUCUUCCAUAUUGAUCUAAAGCUAGAUUUCCCACUAUAUAGCUCCAUGGAUUUCCCAGGUUUUGCCAGUUAUUGCCUCUGCAUCUACUUGUCCAUUGUUUUAGAGGGCUAUUUAUAACAGUUUCUUGGAUCUGCACUAGGGCUUUUCCAGAUUAUUUUUUUUAAAAAACAACAACUAAGAAAUGGUUUCCUGAGGUAGUCCAGUAGUUUCAAGGAUGAAUUUUCUCCUCUGAAGUUUUAAAAAGGUUUCUUAAAGUUACAGUGCACAGCUGCCAUUUCACUGAUGCAGUAUAGCACUGUAGCUCUACCUUUUUUUUCAAAAGUUGAGAGAGUUGUUUUCCCUUCCAAUAUGUUCAAGCAUUAAAAAGAAAGCCGCUCGAGGAUUGGAACAAAAUGUUGUAGUUGGUGCUGAGCAUUACUAGAAAACAAUGUGAGACAAUGGCAGUUAGAUAUUCUAAAUAAACACUGCAAACUUCAGCAACAAAUACUAUAACUUCCCAAAAUAUUUGCCCCAUAUAGGAGCCAAGAGGCUUUGGGUUUGGUGCCACUCAGUGGUAAUAGUCUCAUUGCACAAGGCUUGGAUUUAUCCUGGGUUAUUUGAUAUCAUUUCUUUAGUAUGCAGUAAUGUUUUAUUCUCCAGUGAUGUUACUGAUUGGUCUUCAAUACUUCCUGUUCCUUGGAAGUUUUAGCCUUAAAGAAAUAUUCUGUUAAAAAAAGUUGCAUUGAAAAAUCUUCAAGCUUUACAGCCAGCUCCAGCCUUGAUGAAUAACCUAAUGUAGCUAUUGCUCCUUUUUGCCCUCAGAAUGUGUUGGAUUCCAGCUCCCAUCAUCCACACACGACAUAGGUAUAGAUGGAAGUGAUUGGGAUCCCCAGUAUCUAUAGGUCACUAGGCCAGGCAGAACAGACCUAAUGAAUUUUGUGGAAGAUUAUGUUUUAGCUGGUUUUGUUUCUCAGCUUUUAAAAUCAUGAUAAGUGUAUAAACAACAUUCCUGAUAUCUUGAAAGAAUGGAUGAAGUUUAGGCUGAACAUCUGUGCUCAGUUUUACAACACUAUAAUGAAUGAAUGACCAUUUCAAAUCGUUAGUAAUUUAUGAUAAAAAAAACCAAUUAAAAUGACAGCUUAUAUAACACAAGACCAAAGUAAAACUGUGCAAAUUAAGCAAAACUAUAAGCCUUCAGAUUAUUGAUCAGACUUUAGACAAAGAAACUGGUAGUAAAUGGAUACAGAGUUUCAGAAAAGUUUCUAAAAUAGAACAUGGAGCAGUGUGUGUGUGUGUGUGUGUGUGUGUAAUUUGGCUUCUUCAUCUUCAUGGCUGAUGGACAUGCAGAAGUUAAGCCUAGUGUGGAAAUAAUUACUAAGAAACACCUCAGUUACUGUAAGAUAUAGAGGAGAAGGCAUCCAAAGUACAGUGCUACCUCGGGUUACGAAAUUAAUUCGCCGUUCUGUUCGUAACCCGAUAAUUUCGCAACCCGAAAAGGCUUUCCGUUAGCGCU